UGAGGCUUCAUUUGCCCAUCACUACUGCACCUAUAGAUUGAGCCCUGUCCUGAGCCAAGAGCCAUACUUGCGUUUCCUCAAGCUCUCUUUGGAGGGAAACCCUUUAGGACCAUCCUCUUCCUGGCUAUUUACAGUAUUCACAUCAUUUCGUUUACUGGGUAAACAGACGGGCGACGUCUCGGUGAAUCCGUUAAUACAUUUCAGCUCAAACAUGUUUAAAAUUGAGGGACUUGGGCCAAAGAUGGACCCGGAGGAGAUGAAGAAAAAAAUGCGCGAGGAUGUCAUCACGUCUGCUCGCAACUUUUUGAUGUAUGUUGCGCUUCUUCGAGUCGCACCCUAUGUUUUGAAGAAGCUGGACAGCAUAUGAAACUUCACCAUGAACAGAAACAUUCCCUGCCAGAUGAGCAUGGAGUAGUCACUUACCAAGCCAGUUAAUGAAGAGAUGAUGUAACUUUGUAUCACUUAUUUUAUUUAAUAUUUUUUUACUGGAUGCAAUUGAAUGUAUUUGAUUUGUUCUCAUCCAAUCUCAGUUGAAAACUAUGGCAAACAAGAUAUGUAUAUUGUCUACCAAAAUGUUGUCAUGUUCACAAUGGUCUAAGCAAUAAAUCUUUCAUCAGUUAUUCCCAUUGACAGAGUUGUUGAGACUAAAACUCGGAUUGGAUUUAUAACAUUUACUUUGCUUUAAUGUAAAUUUAAAAUCCCUGUACCCAUUUAUACAUUUGGAUUCAUUAUACUGUGUUAUGAGGGUUAAAGCUAAACAUGCUACGGACAAU